AAUACAUUCUACAACUUUUUAGUUUUUGUAAGCUAGAGAUCUCACAUCUCAAUAAAUAUUUUUAUAGCUUUCUUUUAAGGUGCAUGCGAACAAGAAGCCAAAAGCCUAUUGAUUUGGUUGCACUUUCUAUUGACGAACUUGGCCGUUUAGAACGAAGCAAGAAGAAAUCUACCAAGCAAGCUGAGAUGAACAUGAACGUGCUACCAGAGGGAGUCAACCAGGAGGGAAACAACAACCAACCACCACGUGCCUUGCCUACUGCCGAAGGAGGGAACAAUCUCCCGAUUGUCCCACCUGCUGCUAUCGGACCGAUCGAUCCUGCCGCUACUGCACCACCUGUUCGUCGAACUCUUAUAGUUCUUAGUAAUUACAAUCCAUAAGUACCUUAUAAACCAAAUAAAACUUU